GUGAGGUUUACGGAUAGCACCCCUUGCAGAUUCUGUUUUUUUACACAGCAGGUAACGUUAUUUCGCCCCCUAGCUUGCCCGGAAACGGCAACUAUCCGUGGCCGCCACGGACCAAAUGAGGACCUUGGAGGAAGAGGAACAGGAAAAGUCAGAAAGCUGUUUGGAAUGCCCUGCAGCAGCUGAUGCAGCUAGCGGCUCGCCCCGGUUCCCGGCCUGGAACAGCCGAGAUAAACGUCGAGUAAUUCGAAUACGACGGUCAAUUGGGAGACGGCUGACGGAUGAGGAACUGCGAUUCUUUGGGACGGAAAGGAAGGAUGAGCAGCACACAACGCACACACGGCUCGUCAUCCGCGGGCUGGACGCCCUUCCCUUUUCUGUCCAGUCGGGUGGAGCCCGUCAGAAUCUGGUUGCGAUUCCAAUUCGCUCCCGGCUGGCCUCGCACGGACUUGGAUGGCAAGCAAGGGCCCUUGCUGUACCCCAGGUACCGUAUGGGUCCGCUCGGAGGACGAGCUGCAGCAAGGGGACACCCUGCGUCAAACUGAAGAGGCCGCAGCUCCGGCCGGGGUUAGAGGUGACCUCAAAAAGUCAAGGAUCCCGGCGACAAGGUUGACCGGGGCCGGGGCUGGGUCCUGCAAGGGUGGAGGAGCUCCCCGCGAGCAGUGGGUCCAGAGCGAGGCCAGCCCGCGACAGCUUCUCUU